AGAGCUGGUUCGAGAGCUGCCGCCCAGGAUUAUUCUCUUUGAAGCAGCCAAUAUACCGAUAUCUCCCUUGGGAAUUUGCCUUCAAUGGCCCAAGUUGUUCCGAAACAGCAUCACAGGAAAAGACAAUGUCCUGUUUCCCCAUUGUGGGGUCAUUGGUAUUCAUAGUCCAAGUCGAGUUGGCGACGUAUGCAUCCACAUUAACCUGAGACUUGGGGACAGAACAGAAAAGUUGAGCGGUAGCAGAUUGGCCUGCGGCGAGCUCAGUCCCUUCGCCCAGAUCAAUCCCGUUGCGCGCACUAGUUCCAAAAGUGUCAGUGUGCCCCGACGAUAAAGUGAGCUCUAAAGGAAGGUCCUACCCAACGACUUUGCCAGCACC